GACACACAGGGGGACAGAGAGCCCCACACACGCACCCACAGGGACAACAGACAGACGCCAUGACGGUGAAUCCCACCCACACACACACAGUGACAGAGAGCCCCCCCACCCCCCUCCCCACACACACACAGGGACAACAGACAGUCGCCAUGACGAAACGCGAGUUUUCCGUCGACAUGAGUUGCGAAGGGUGUUCGGGCGCUGUGACCAAAGUCCUGAACAAACUGGGAGACGUUCAGUUCAGCAUUGAUCUGCCCGAGAAAAAAGUCGUGAUCGAGUCCAGGCACAGCGUGGAUGUCCUGCUGGAGACCCUGAAAAAGACCGGGAAGAACGUUUCCUACGUCGGUGAAAAAUAAACCGCGCCCGGCGAAGGAAGACUAAUCCCACAGGAUUAAGCUCUCUCUCGACCGGUUUACACAAAUAAAUGGACCCAAACUACAGGCACCGUUCAACAGCUGGCUUCUUUGUGAACGUAAUGAAGAGUUUUAAUUGGAAUUAAAACUCUGAUAAUUACUAGCUGUUCACUUGAGUGGGACCCCAAAGUGCUUCAUCCGUACCUGUUUCGGCUGCUUUUCCGUGCCAUGCCUUAAAAAUUUAUAGUUUGUUUAAAAUCCUCUUUAAUUACAUUGUCUUCGAUACGUUCGCACGCAAAAUAAAUGUCUGCCGUGGCUAUUCCUGAAAAAAAAAAUCGUUUCAACUCUUUC